UGGCGCCCGCUGCUGCUGCGCAGCUGUGUAUCGCUACCCCGUACACCAAACACUGCUGUAACCUCCUCCAACAGCGACUCUCCUUCAAUCUGUUUGGAAAGAGUCGAAAGAAGGAGGCAACAGGGCGUGCGUGAAGCAGCGGCUGGACGGAGCCAGCGAGAUCCUCAUUUGAUUGAUUUCACCGCGGCGCGUCUUUUGACGAACAACAGCAGCAGAUCCAGCGCUAGCACUACCACCCCACUACCAACAACACCACCAACAUGGCCGCAAAUGGAGACGGAGAGGUCGUGAAGGACGGCGCGGUAGUUGAACGAGAGAAGACCGUUGAGUCUUCCGUCGCCAGCACAACGUCAGCGGCGGUCGUGCCUGACGUAGCUGUUGUCGCCAAGGAGCCGGCAGAAGCAAGAGAAGCGGAGGAGGUGGACGGGGAGAACGGUGCCGUUGCCGAGGCGGCGGUAGUGGUCGCUGCAAGCCCUGAGGGGCACGGUGAAGAGGAAGAAGAGGACGAGGAGGAAGAAGAGGAGGAGGAGGAAGAGGAGGAGGGGGAUGAAGAUGAAGACGAGGAUGAAGACGAAGACGGUGAGGAGGAAGACGAAGACGAACAAGAAGAGGAAGAAGCCAGCGGCAGCGGAGGAGACAAGGGGAAGGGAAAAGGGAAGGGGAACGGGGCGGCGGUGGCGGAGAAGGAGAGACGACCCAAGAAAAAGGCGAAAAGAAGCUACGACGACGACCGCCUCGAAGCGGUUUCAAAAGACGAACUCUCUGCGCUCAAGGGGAACGUCAUCUACCCCCGUGCUCGCCGUAAGGCCGCGAUUGCCUCUCAGCGCCGCACGGCGUCAGAGAUUGGCAAGUUCGUGGGGGGCGCGGCAGACGACGACGAUGAUGACGAUUCAGACGAGGAUGGGGAGCUCGGAGGCAACUUGGGGGGCGCCUCCGCGGCGGUUGCGGACGGCGAGAGCGACGAGGAGGCAGAGCUCGAGUUCUGAACUGGAUGAUGGACAGGAGAGGGCCUUUCGCCCUUGUGCACGUUUGUGUCUACAGCAGUGGUCUCUCGAACAGCAAUCAGUGUAGUUUAUGCAUGGGUUUUUACGCCUGUAGGGAUAAUGAAUGGUAUUGGGCCGCUAUAUACUGGGGGAACUGAAGUUCUUAACAGGGUAGGAAGGAGUCGGUGGAAUCCUUAGCGAAGGGGACCCCAACAGGCGGGAGGGUUGGGUGGGGUGGGGUAGGGGGGUUGGUUGCGGCCUCACUUUUGGUGCCGCAGUUUUGUUCGAGGCCAAUCUUGGUGUGGCCACUCCGUGCGUACAAAUCUCGGGUGCUCGAGAUCGAUCGAUGCUGUUGGUUGUGGCUUGUGGCGGGGGAACAGUUGCUCAACGCCGACACCCCCGCCCAACCGAAGUUGCCAACCGACCAAUGAGCGGCGUGUACAGAUUUGUUCGAUUGGGGUGGGAGAUAUACAUACAUUGCGGCGAUUUUGUUUGCAUUGGAAAAGUCCGAUGCGCUGAUGGGUGUGCUUUGCAGCCAGUGGUAGCCGAUGCCGCUUAUUUCCGUCUUACCGAAAUCGGUAGGCGGCUAGCUCGCAGGGCCUGCUUGGUGCGCAUGAAUCAUCAAUCAUAUUGACUUUGGCGGGGAGGGGCGGGGGGCGGAGGAGGUUGGUCUCUGCAGCAGGUAUUAACGCUCAACGCGAACGUAUUUGUUCUUUGUCGAUUUGCUCUUUGUCGAUUAUCAGUUGUUUUGGCGGAAGGACCGUUGACACCGGUGUUCACGCACGUGACAGGCUGCACGGUCUAUGCAUACUGGAGGCGAGUUGGGGUGUAUCGGUUGGAAAAUGUGUUCAGUGAAGAAUGAAGUCUUCUCGUUUAAGCUGGCGUGUUCCUAUGUCGCCGAAAAACACAUGCACUGCUGUCUAAUCUUGGCAACCUCCCACGCCUGCCACGCAAUGCCUGCCCCACAGUAUACGGCAUAUCCACUACUACUAUUGUGUUGUGUUGGCUAGAGCAAAAGAAAGGUGUUCAGCGGGUCGACUUUUUGUAGGGUGAUCGAGAUCCGUUCGGCAACGUGCUGCUGCUCAUUUGAAGGCACUUUUUCUCUACCAUGUUGGCAUUUUUUGCGCCGAUACACGGUGUUUCUUCUUUGUCCUCGCGAGCUGUUCUCGCAGACUGAGUGACCAUGUGACUGUCCGGCGGCAUGUCGAAUCGUGAUGUUCCGGCACAGCGUCUGUAAAAAGACAUGUAACAGCAAUGGUGACGAGAGAUUUUGAAGGUCGUGCGGGAUCCCGUUGGUUUGUUCAUUGUAGCACCAUUUGGUUUUCAGUUCAACGGGCAAGAGUCGAACCCGAUGCUGUCGCGCACUUGUUUGCGGCAUAGAGUUCUCUCUGACGCAGUUCGUUGCCGCGAGGCUACACAGGAGUAUGCCUUUGCUUGACUGUUCGCACCGCAACGCCGGCUGACACCCGCGAGCAUGAACUGUCGUGUUUUAGAAUACAAGUUCCCCCGCAGGAGACCUUCGUAGAUGCUGAAUGAUAUGUAAGCGUGGCGCUGGGCGACGGUAACGGGGGUACUUCACCGAACAGACGCACCUUCGGCCAGCCACCCGCUUGGCCGAAGCGGCUCGCUUCGGGUAGGUCCAAGAGAAGCGUUUUCAUGUCUUUCGAGCACCGGGGCUACAUCGUUUGGUU